AUGCCCAUCGAAAAAGACGACUUCAUCACCACCAGCGAGUUUGACAGCGCCAGUUCUCAAAAGAUUGACUUGUCUGUUGACAAGCCUCUCACCAGAAAGGACAAGAUUCUGUCCCUUAUUUGGGACGGCUGGAACAAAGACCCGAGGGAGCAACGCUUCUUGCUGAAGCUUGACUUCUUUCUAAUGUCGAGCUCCAUGCUGGGAUACUUCAUCAAGAAUUUGAAUCAGUCGAAUGUCACCACCGCAUACGUUAACGGUAUGAAGGAAUAUUAUACUAUGGAUAAAAAUCAGUAUAACUACAUGAUCACACUCUGGACCGUUGGAUACACCGUUGGUGCCAUUCCAUCCAACAUGAUUCUGCACAGAGUUUCUGCCCGUUACUAUCUGGGAGGACUGGAGCUUAUUUGGGCUGCACUCACGCUUUUGAUGGUGGCAUGCGGGCCACACAGAAUCAACGCUAUCUACGCCUUGCGCUUUUUGAUGGGAUUCUUAGAGGCAGGUUACUUUCCGGGUCUGGAAUAUCUUCUUGGUUCGUGGUUCAGUCCUAGUGAGCUUUCGAAGAGAUCGUCCUACUUUGCGUGCUCCGGUAUAGCUGCAAGUAUGGUUUCCGGACCUCUUCAGGAAGCCAUCUUGAGAGGCUUUUCGGGCUCCAAGUUGGAGCCCUUUAAGUGGAUGUUCGUCUUUGACGCUGUCAUCUCGGUGCCGGUUGGAAUAUACACCAUGUUCGUGGACCCUAACACUCCUUCCACGACAACUGCUUUUUACUUGAACGAGACAGACAAAUUGGUGGCAGUGGAGAGACGCCGCAGGGUGAAGGCCGAGCUCAAAACCAGACACAAGUACAACUGGGCCCGACUCAAGGAGUUCUUUGGAACCUGGCACAUCUACGUCUUUCCAGUUCUGUUCCUGUGCUACAACAACACCUGUGCUGCCAUCAAUCAGCCUACAUUUACCACCUGGAUGAAACAAGACCUCAAGCUGCCAUCCAGCCAGUAUAACACAUACCCGUCCAUCCUGUAUGGUGCCGGUAUCGCGAUCACGCUCGUGUUCUCGCAUGUCCACGAUUACUUUGGUGGAACGUAUAACUACAUUUUGGUCGGGCUCUACUUUGUGUUAAUGAUCAUUGGUAGUGCCAUGCUGGCAGUGUGGGAUAUUGCACGUCCUGCUCACUGGGCAGCUUACUUCAUCGUCGGUAUACCGACCGCCUGGGGGCAGCCUCAAAUUUUCUCGUGGGUCAACCGGCUGCUGUUUGGCAAUGAUAUGAAGAGAAACUUCACAGUGGUGUGCACCAACACUCUGGCCUACGUGACGUCUGCUUGGGUGCCCAUUCUGGUGUGGAACGCUCAGGAUGCCCCAAGAUACUCGAUUGGCUUUAGAUACAAUGCCGCCCUGGCAGGUCUGGGACUUGUGAUGACGGUUAUUGCUUGGUUCCUCACCAGGAGAGACGCUAAGAGAAAAGCGUUGCUAGAGGCGCAGCAGAAGGAAGUUGAGGCUGGCCAUAUUGCCUCGUCAAGCUCUCUUUAG